CUACGCUCUGUCAACUUUCUAUAACAUCUCUUCCGGAAGAUAGGAGCUAUGGCGACACAAACAGAUAGAGGCAUACCUCUUAGUACGCUCAGUCCAAAGUUCCUGCAUUCAAACUCCACCAGUCACACUUGGGCCUUCAGUGCUAUUGCCGAGCUCAUUGACAAUGCAUAUGACCCAGAUGUGAAUGCGAAGCAUUUUUGGAUUGAUAAGACAUUGAUCGAAGACCAGGACUGUCUCAUCUUCAUGGAUGAUGGAGCUGGUAUAGACUAUCAGAAAAUGCACAAAAUGUUGAGCUUUGGCUUCAGUGACAAGACGACAAUAAAUAAGGUUCAACCAAUUGGCCUCUACGGUAAUGGCUUCAAGUCAGGCUCCAUGCGACUUGGGAAGGACGCCAUCGUGCUUUCUAAGACAGGGGACUCCAUGUGUGUAGGCCUGCUGUCUCAGACAUACCUAGAACAAAUAAAAGCUGAGAACAUCGUCAUCCCCAUCGUCACCUUCAAACGGAAUAAUCAGAACCAGUUUCAAGCCCUUCCAGAGCAUGCAGCAUGCCUAAGUGAAAUUCUGAAGUACUCUCUGUUCAAAGAGGAAAAAGAUCUGCUCUCUGAGCUCCAGGCCAUAGAUACUCCCUACCAUGCCUCAGGUGGAACAGGAACACGCAUCAUCAUCUGGAACCUCCGCAGAAGAGCAGGACAGGAGCUGGAAUUUGACCUAGACGCUGACCGCUAUGAUAUCAGAAUUCCAGCAGACGUGUUAGAAAAUGAGAGGAGGAAUUACAGACAACCAGAUCGCAUUAUGCAGUCCAUCCCUGAGAGUGACUAUUCUCUGCGGGCAUACUGCAGCAUCCUUUACCUGAAGCCGAGGAUGCAAAUCAUUAUCCGGGGCCAGAAGGUGAAGACACAGCUCAUCGCUAAGACUCUGGCCUGGGUUCGAAAGGAUUGUUAUAAACCCGUCUUCCUUAAGAGAGGUCUUCGGAUCAUUUUUGGCUACAACACCAGGAGCAAAGAGCAAUAUGGCAUCAUGAUGUACCACAAGAACCGACUGAUCAAAGCCUACAAACGUGUCGGCUGUCAAAUCAAGGCCAAUAACACAGGAGUGGGAGUCAUUGGUGUAAUCGAAUGUAAUUUCCUCCAACCAACACACAAUAAGCAGGACUUUGAUGACACAGAGGAGUACAGGAAAACCAUUGCCAAUGUGGCGAUAAAGCUGGAGGAGUAUUGGAAAGAAAUGCAGCAUAACAGACGAACAGAGAACCCAAACUCCACUCUGCCUGUCGAGGACAUACAGAAACGUCCAGACCAGAACUGGGUGCAGUGUGACAGUUGUCGUAAGUGGCGGAAACUUCCAGAUGGUAUCAAUACAGAUAAGCUUCCUGACAGGUGGUUGUGCCCCAUGAACCUAGAUCCCCAGUUCAGGUCUUGUCAGGCCCCUGAGGAGCCAGAAGAUUCUGAUGAUGAGCAGCGGCCAUACCAAAAGACUUAUAAACAGCAGGAGAAACAGACUAAGGCGCAGCAAGAGAGAAGUAUUCAACAGCAAUUGAGAAAGGCUUCAACUAUGGCUACCACCAGCUCAAGCCCUUUCAGAUGUACUCGCAGUCCUACUAACCGCAUGCCCAUCAUCUCAGAUGUGACUUCCCUUGCCACAACUCCAAAGAGGAGAAAGAGAGGUGGAAGGCCUAGCUGGGGAAGAACAGAGAUAAAGAGGUUGAGACAGAGUAAUGCUGCCCACAUCGCUGUCACUGAAACCCCUUCGUCAUCUUUCACCACACCUGGCACCCCAUCAACACCGAUUGACUGUGAUGAUGGCGAUGAUGAUGCUGAUUAUGAUGAUGAUGGUGAGGAUGAACAUGAGGAAGAUGAUGAUAUCAUCAUAAUUGAGGCAAAAAGCACACCAAAAUCCAAGCAACCAAAAGACUUUGACAUCUCUAAGGUGAAGCCAGAACCCAGGGAAGAUGGGUAUGACAUGGCGAUGGAAACAAGCACCGCCAUGGAGACUAAUAUUGCAGAGGCUGCUUGUCCCCCAUCCUCAUCAGCUGAUCAGCAACACAUAGCAAUUCAGACAGACAAAAAAACCGUCAUGAAGGAGGAACAGGAGAACGAGGAAAAGAAGACAGCAGAAGAUGAAAGAAGAGACAUAGGAGGAGAAAGAGAUGAGGAACAUAUGAGUACAGGAGACCAAGAGAACAGGGAAAAUGAGCUAGAAAGGACAGAAUUGCGAAUACAGGGACAAAUGGACAAAGAAGAGAGCAGCAUGAACAGUAGUGAUACUCAGAAAAAGGACUUCAGACAAACUCGCCAAAACACUGAAGCGGCAAAAGAGGAAAUGACAGAGAGAGAAGUCACCGUAAAACCUGAACCCUGCGAGGAUGGAUUUGAGGAGCGAAGGGAGGGGCCAGCUGGACGGGACUACCUGACAGUGGAACAGCAGAGGGAGAGCAGGGGUGUGACAGCUUUCUGUGGAGACGGGCAGACUGGGCAAGGCCUUGGUCUGAGUCAGAUUGCACUUGUAGACCUCCAAAGGCAGCAGGAUUCUCUACUACAGCUUCUGGAGACAACAUCCCAGGAGAGAGAUGACCUCAGGAAACAGAUACAUGCUCUCCAGCAGCAGUUAGAACAGCUACAGAACAGGGAUAGGAACAAGCACUGCCAUCAGAGCACACAGACAGAUGGUACUGAAGACUACAGAUCACUGUACUUGCAGAUGAAAGAAGAGAUGGAACGGCUGAGGCGCGAGAGGGAUGAGCUGGUGCGAGAAAAGACAGAGAGGGAUGUUCAUCUCCAGGGGAAGAGAGAGAGUAAUCGAUGGAUGGGAGCUGAGUUGAAUGGAGUGGUGAAUUUGAUGAAGGAAGAUGACAAUACUUCAUCCAGUGAUGACCUAUGUCUUCAGGUGGACUGCCUGCUGAGAGAACUGGACCAGUGCCAGAGCAGUCGAGAAGACUUGAAGGCCAAGUUGGGAAGCUUGGAGAUGGAGAGAAACAGUCUGCUAUCUGAGUGUGAAUGUCUCCGGAAGAGCCUGCAUGAGCUGAAGGAGAGAGAGCAGGAGACAAGAGUAGCAAGAGAGGAGGGGGGUCAUGGUGGGGUUGUCAGUGAUCAAGAAGGGAGUGAAACAGACACAAGCAGCCCUUCUUUGCUGUCUGGACUGCCAGACUGUGGUAGUUCCACAGACGCACCCCAAAAAGAGCCAAACGUAGCCAGAGAGCCUGGACAAACGCCUGACAGACAAGUGAGCAAUGUGGGGGGAGGAGGAGGACCAGAAAACAGUCCAAACUCCACCAAUCCUGAUGACUGUGCAUCAGACGCUCAGAGACUAAGGGAACUGAGAUACAAUGUAGCUCGUCUCCUGCUCACGUUUGUGCCAGCUCUGGAACUGGACCAGGUAAACUAUGACUGUGAUGUGAUUGAGGAGAUUCUGAUGCAGGUUCUAGAUGACAUCUCUGCCCCCUCAUAGUGCUGCUGCCAUGCUAAGGUCUACCACUUCCUUCCUGUUCUUUUCAAACAUCAGCACCUUAAUGCACUUCUAGUCAUUUUAUUCAUUAGGCUAGUGAUCACAUGUGUGUUUAAAAGUAUUGCCUAUAUGAAAGUCAUAAGUUAAUAUUGAUCUGAUUUGAAGUGUAAAUGAAAGAAGAGAUGCAAUUAAAUGGGAUUUAGUUCAAAUUAGUGUUUACCUAUUUUUGUUAAAACAAUUGAUACUGUAUAACAUCACAUUAGGACAUAUAUUAAAUG